ACAUUUUUGAGUGCUUGCUUACACGUCAAAUGGUUAGUAACAAUUUCCGAAUAAAUGUUGUUAAAGAGAGCUAACAGUGUAUAAAAAUAGUAUAUUUAAGUGCUCACUUGGAAAUUAAUUUACUUUCUUUGUAUUGGAUGUAUAGCAGGCGAUAUAUGAACAUUCCUUAGAUAUAUCAACUAAUGUUUUUCUAGGCUAAGCUUAUCACAUAAAAUGGGUGGUUUAUUUAGUUAUUUUAGAGGCUUGCUAGGGGCUCGGGAAAUGAGGAUUUUAAUUCUCGGUCUCGACGGCGCCGGGAAAACUACAAUAUUGUAUAAACUGCAAGUUGGGGAGGUAGUGACUACUAUACCCACAAUAGGUUUUAAUGUAGAGCAAGUCACGUACAAAAAUCUAAAAUUCCAAGUAUGGGACCUUGGAGGACAAACAAGUAUCAGACCAUACUGGCGGUGUUACUAUGGAAACACAGAUGCAAUCAUAUAUGUAGUGGACUCGGCUGAUAGAGAUCGAAUAGGAAUUUCUAAAGAUGAACUAGUACACAUGUUACGAGAAGAAGAGCUUGCGAACGCAAUUCUAGUGGUGCUAGCAAACAAGCAGGAUAUGACAGGCUGUUUGACGGUGGCCGAGGUGCACCAGGCGCUGGGUUUGGACGCUUUACGUGACCGCACAUUCCAGAUAUUCAAAACAUCUGCAGUGCGGGGAGAAGGGCUCGACCAGGCGAUGGAUUGGUUAUCCAAUGCAUUACAAGCUAGGAAAUAAAUAUGAGGACAUGCAUUUCAAAUAAAAUACUUUGAUAAAUGAGUUUGGCGCGAGUGUGGGAGCUGUCUUAGUCGUCUUAAGCCAAUAGAGUAGCUAGCGUCGUCAUUGAUGGACUGUCAACUUUAUUUUAAUCCAUAUAAAUGUCAAAUCGCAUAUUAAAAUAUCAUAUUAGGAAAUACCAAGUUUUUAUUUAAAAAAAAGUGUGAUAUUAUCUAGUUUUUUCGCUUACUGUACAUUGUAAUAAAGUUAUUUUAACGGAUAAA